GGCAUUCUAGAAUGAUGUAAAGUGGGACGAACUUUCAAUCGGAGACGAUGUAGCAUGUCCUACUUUGUUGUGAGCAACAUACCAAAGUGUUAUAGAUCGGCUGACUUGAGGAAACAUUUCAAAACUUUCACAGAAAGGGGGCAUUUCUCCUGUUUUCAUUUCAAGCACAGGCCUGAAGAAAGACCAGUUGCUGAACAACCAAAAGCAGGAUCAUCAGAAACACCACAACCACAGACAUUUUGCUGCGUGGUCAGACUAGAAGAAUCUUUGAGCGACGAGUUUUCUAAAACAUUUCACCACAAAAGAUGGUCCAGUGAACUGAACAGUGAUGGUGCAGAAUCAAAUAUUGGUGUCGCAGUCAUCAUCAGAACUAAAAUAAAUGAUGCGCUGAAAAAGUUGCCAGAGUUAAACCCUCCGAAAGUGAUGCCAGCUGGAAACGUAGGAACGACCACUAAAUUAUUUCUGUCCCUCGUUAACAAAUGCCUGUUACCCCCAGCUAUUAUCAAGAAGCUUCAAUUGGAAUUUCCUCGAACAGUUAAAAGACGGCAGUACAGCGCAGUUGCCCCAUCUGACCUCUACCAGAACCGCCGAUCAAAUAUGAAAAAAUUGAAAAAGUUUAAAAGCUUAAAAACACCCAAUAAACCAUCAGACUCCUCGAAUUGCCCAAGUACAUCGAGUAGCGGGGAAAGCUUGAGUGGUAACAGCGGUAAAAGCUCGUUUUGGAGUGAGAAUGAGAGAGUUGAAGAUCACGACGGAGCUGAGGACUGGGAACGGCACGAGUCCUUCAACAAUGACGUUGGAACUCAGGAUCGUACGAAAGAGCGAAUGUACGAGGAGGAUAUGGAGAUAGUGUGGGACAAGGGUUCCAGUGGCUUAGUGUUCUACACUGAUAGCAACUACUGGGCCGACUUGGAGGGAAAAGACACGGACGGGUUAUGGGCAGAUGAGUGGGAUGUUGAUAUGGGGGUAUAUGAGGGACACCGAGGUGACAAGGAUGCCAGGGACUCCCAGGAUAUGAGGAAUGCAGAUCAGUUUAGGAAACAUGGAGAUGUGGAAGAGAAGAUAGGUGACUUUGAGAAACACACUAAGGGUUUCGGGGGUAGGUUGAUGAGACAGCAAGGCUGGACAGCAGGUCAGGGACUAGGAAAGUCGUCAAAGGGCAUGUCAGAACCAAUGUCCACUGAAGGAGCUCAAAACUCUAAAGAUAAAACUGGUCUUGGGUAUCGUGGAGAAAGCAUUUGUGACGCUAUCCGGAGGAACAAUCCCAAACCACGGGGACCGCCACUGAUUGGUUCAAAGUUUGAUGACGUCAUCAGUCACAAGGGUUCAGCAGCUCGAACUGAGGAUCCAACCGCGAUGAAGUAUCGUAGGACCAAGCAAUAAUAGGGGAGGAAAUAUAGUGUGUUACUUGAAGUGUGUUUUAACUAUUGCUUGGGUUGAUUAUGUUUAAUAUCUAUCGUGUCUGAAUACGAUUUAUGACAAAUAAAGGGGUGUGUUGAACACACUGUCUUAUAACUUAUUCAUUGUUCAGUGCUUACAUCUUACAACAGCUACCAUAACUUAGAUCAUGUCUGAAUUGUCAUCUGAACUAAACUUUUAACUUUAACUUAUUUUAACUGAAACCAGUCAGCACAGUAAAAUAACUUUUAAAAUAUCACCAUUUCUAAAAUUUAUCUCUGACUUUGUUACAACCAUAACUUAUAAUAUAAAACCACAAAAUUAUAAGUAACUAGAU